AUGAGAUCCAAUGCUCCAGCAGGUAUUAAUGAAUUUUUUAUUGCAUUAAAAAAUAUGUGGUUGGAACGUUCUCCAAAUUUGUAUGGAGGCUCUAUUUCUAAUCAAAUCUCUCAAAUGCCAUCUAUUACACCCCAAUCAACAAUUACAUCAACAGAAAUAAUGAAACCAGAAUCUGAAUUACAAUCAAAUAAUAGUGGUAUAACAAAAACCGAAAUAGAAAAUAUACCUGUAGGGACAUUCCAAAAUGUACAAAAAGAAAAUAUGAAUAGAUUUUUACAAUGUAUUAGUGGAGAAAUUCCAGAAUUUAUUCCUGUUCCUCCUCACUCUUUACAUUUAAAACCGCAGGUAAAAAAGAAUACCACUUCAGAUACUGAUAGUGUCGAAGAAAUUACUAAAUGUUUGGCAAAUAUGUCAUUGAAAAUGGCUAAAAAUAUUAAUGUUGUUGCUAAAACCGUUUAA